AUAAAAACAAUUCCAAUAAUGCAUGAGUUGUAUAAUCCAAAAAUAUAUCUAUUCUAAUUUAUUGUAAAUCUUUUAAAACAUGAUUAGACAGAAUAACCUACAAAAAUUAAACAAAUAAAAAAAACCAGUUUUCAAUAUGUUUGCCAGGUACCACAAGACCUUUAAAAAAAGCCCAACCAGAGCAUUAAGAUGUUUUGCAAAUACCACUAUAUCUUUGAACACAGAAAAGUUCCCAAACGAGGCCCAAGUGGUAGUUUGUGGGGGUGGGGUAAUGGGGGCUUCUGUAGCAUAUCACUUAGCAAAGCUUGGUUGGGGAAAAGAUACUGUUGUCAUAGAACAAAGUAGAAUUGGGGGUGGUACGACUUGGCAUUCUUCAGGUCUAAUAGGUGUCUUCAAACCCAGUUUAGCACAAGUACAAUUGACCAAAUCUAGUGUAGCUUUGUAUAAGGAGUUAGAACAACAAGGAUUAUCCACAGGGUGGAAACAAUGUGGCAGUUUAAACCUAGCUAGAUCCAGAGAUAGAAUGACAGUAUUCAGAAGAAUGAAAGCACAAUCUGUAUCUUGGGACAUAGACUGUGAAUUAUUAACACCAGAACAAUGCAAAGACAAAUGGCCGCUGUUAAACACUGAAGAUAUCCUUGGAGGACUCUGGAUUCCUGGGGACGGAGUUGGUGACCCAUAUGAAACGUGUUUAUCUAUGAUGGCACAAGCCAAAAAUAUGGGUGUAAAAGUAUUUGAAAACUGUGCUAUUAAGAAGAUUCAUCACACUAACCAGAAAGUAUCAAGUGUUGAAACAGAUCUCGGCCAUAUCAAAUGUGAUUACUUUGUCAACUGUGCUGGUUUCUGGGCAAGGGGAAUAGGGAGAUUGUCUGAACCUGUUGUUAAAGUGCCUCUUCAUGCUGUAGAACAUUAUUUUCUUCACACUAAGCCUAUUCCUGCAUUGGAUCCCAUGUUACCAGUGCUAAGAGAUCUGGACGGACAUGUUUAUUUGAGAGAAAAUAGAGGUAGACUUCUGGCCGGUGGAUUUGAACCUGUUGCCAAACCUGCUUAUGAAGAUGGAAGAAUACCUGCCAGCAGCAAAGAGCGUCAACUUCCAGAAGAUUGGGAUCAUUUCCACGUACUGUUAGAACAACUUCUCAAACGAGUACCAUAUUUAGGUACUGUCGUUCUUGAUAGGCUUUGUAACGGUCCUGAAGCCUUCAGUCCCGAUUGUAAAUGGAUAGUAGGAGAAGCACCAGAGAUACGGAAUUAUUUGAUUGCAGCGGGUAUGAAAACCGUGGGAAUAGCUGCAGCUGGAGGAGUUGGUAAGGCCACGGCAGAAAUUAUAGUUAAUGGCGACACGGAAUUCGAUAUGUACGAAAUAGAAGUUUCACGAUUUCUUGGUUUGCACAAUAAUAGAAAGUUUUUAAGAGAUCGGGUCAAGGAAGUUCCUGGUCUGCAUUAUGGAUUAAUAUAUCCUUUUCAUGAAUUUGAAACAGGUAGAAAUUUGAGAAUGUCUCCUGUUUAUCCGAAGUUUCGGGAGAUAGGCGCCGUUUUCGGUCAAGUUAUGGGUUACGAGAGACCAACUUGGUUUAAUGCGGAACAAGCAAGAGUGGAUGAUGGUCAAGACAGCCCCUUUAGAGUAGCUCAUACGAAAACAUUUGCGAAACCUCCUUGGUUUGAAUUUGUAUCCAAAGAGUAUGAAGCGUGUAGGGAACGAAUAGGGAUAAGCGACUAUUCUUCAUUUACAAAAGUGGAUUUGUGGUCGAAAGGUGAUGAGGUGGUGGAUGCUCUUCAAUUUGUAUGCUCAAAUGAUGUGGACGUACCAAUAGGAAGUAUUAUUCAUACUGGAAUGCAGAAUAGACAUGGCGGAUACGAAAAUGAUUGUUCGUUGGCACGCAUUUCUGAAAACCAUUACAUGAUGAUAGCUCCCACGAUCCAACAAACAAGAUGUAAAGUGUGGCUCCAGAAGCAUCUUCCUCCAACCGUCACAAUAUCAGACGUUACGAGUAUGUUCACGGCUUUGUGCAUCAUGGGACCUUUCACGAGACAACUUCUUUCGGAAUUAACCGAUACUGAUUUGAAUCCUCGCAACUUUCCAUUCUUUACUUUUAAGAUGUUGGACGUUGGUCUGGCCAACGGAAUCAGGACAAUGAAUCUUACUCAUACAGGGGAGUUAGGAUAUGUUCUGUAUAUACCAAAUGAGUUUGCGUUGCACGUUUACACAAGUCUGAUGGAAGCUGGUGAAAAGUACGGGAUCACUCCAGCAGGCUACUACGCCACCAGGGCUCUUAGAGUAGAGAAAUUUUACGCAUUUUGGGGUCAGGAUCUAGACACUACGACAACACCAUUGGAAUGCGGUCGAGUGUGGAGGGUCAAAUUCGAUAAAAAAGUAGACUUUAUCGGAAGAGACGCCCUUCUCAGACAACGAGAAGAAGGAGUUAAAAGAAUGUAUUUGCAACUACUUCUAGAAGACCAUGAUUCGGAAACGGAUCUCUGGCCUUGGGGUGGAGAGCCUAUCUAUAGAAAUGGAAAAUACGUCGGUAUGACAACAACCACCGGAUAUGGAUACACAUUUAAAAAACAGGUAUGUCUUGGGUUUGUACACAACUUUGAUGAGAAGGGAGAAAAGCAAAAGGUUACCAACGACUACGUUACCAGUGGCCAUUUCGAAGUUGAUGUUGCUGGAAUCAGGUACCAGGCAAAGGCGAACCUGCACUCACCGAUUCUUCCUACUAAACAUCCCGAUAAAGAACGUGACGCUUAUCAAGCCACCAGAGACAAAGGGGAUGAUCCCAAUGCUUCAAAAAUUAUAAAGGCUGUGUGAAAACCUAGAGAUUGAGUUUGAUUGAUUGAUUGAGUGAAAACAAUUCCUUACUUAUGAGCUGAAACAAAAAAAUGUUUAUUUCAGUCCAGCCGUCAGAGAUUUACACAAUCCCCAAAAAUUUGCAAAAUUUUUGCAUUCCUACCCCCGGGCUACCCCUAACCUCUCCCUGUGGAGGGGAACAGAAGCAUCGAUUUCUCAAGAAUCUGUACGCCGUUGAAAAAAUGUUUUAAACAAGUAGCCCAGUAACUGAACGGGAAAUUCGGCGAUACCGUGUAAUUUUCAGGGGCAACUCCGAAUUGCAUGAAAAUUUGCAUUUAGGUUCUACUUACCCUCCACUUCAAAGUUGAAAUUGUGCCGUUGGUUGAUUUUACUUGGCACCCCUUCUUGGGGGUGAAAAACAUACGUUAAAGAUAAGACCGGAAAUUGAUAAAUUGACUGUUUUUAAGCAACUUUUGUUCUAUAAAGUUUUUCACCUAACUCAAUACUUAUCGAGUUAUUUGUCAUUGAAAAUGUUGAUUUUUCGACAAAAGAACUGCGUUUUCAGACGGUUUUUCGCAAAUAACUCAAAAAGUAAAUAUUUUAUCGAAAAAAAUAUCCUUAGCAAAAGUGUAGCUUAUAAAAAACCCAAAAAAAUGGUGUAUCAUUAAAGUCUAUCAAUCAAAUAAAAACAAAGUUGUAGCUCAUGAAAAAUACGUUCUUAUUCGUCUAAUUCCAAAUCGAAUAUUUCAAGGUGAAAUCACCGAAAAAUUAAGCACUUUUCGGGAAAAACCCAUUUAAACUUUCUUAAGGUGUUUAUAAAAAGCUUUGUUUUAAUUGUUAACAAAAGUUUUAGCAUUAAAAAUAAGCGAGUUACGCUCAAAAUAAAGUUGGCCCUCUUUUUUUUUGUAAAAAAUCAUGAAAAUCUCGCCGUGUUUAGCUCCCCAAAUGAAAUCAAUCGCUACCGCUUCACAAACAAUUUACUUACCUAUCUAUUUUUUAUAUGAUCUGUCAGUCUCACCGGUUAAAGUGUUUAUUUUUGAAAGGGUUAUAAUUGAAAAAGCUUGAAUGGGUCACUAAUCACAAGUGUAUGCAAAUUUUGAACAGUCAUAUCUUAACCAAUUUUGGCUUACGGAGAAACAAAAUGAAACUAGCAUAUGUAUAAUAGCAAAACCUACAUUUUUUUACUCUUUAAGAUUUUUCUUAUCACUAAUACUUUUCAAGUUAUUUUGAAAAAAUGAAAUUUUUCAAAAAUUUUUAGAAAUUAUUUUUUUACUAUAAAACCAAAUAUUUUCAAAAAUAAGCACUUCAAACCAAUCAAACUUACAGAUCAUAUAAACAAUACACAUACAGUUAAAAUAGAUGGUAAAGCCAAACGAUUAAUUUCAUUUAGGGUGCUAAAUAGUGGGAGGUUUUCACGAUUUUUUUUACAAAAAAAAAGGGGCCAACUUUUUUUUCAGUGUAACUCGUUUAUUUUUGAUGCUGUAAACUUUUGUAAAAAAACAAAUAAUAAGCUUUUUUUCGAUACUUUAAAAAUGUUAAUAAGGUUUUCCCGAAAAACUCUUCUUUCUUCGGUGAUUUCGCGUUGAAUUAUUCGAUUUGGAAUUACACGAAUAAGAACGUAUUUUUCAUGAGCUACAACUUUGCUUCUACUCAAUUUGUAGACUUUACUGGUAGACCAUUUUUUUCGUUUUUUUAUAGGCUACACUUUUGCUAAAAAUAUUUUUUUCAAUAAAAUAUUUACUUUUUGAGUUAUUUGGGAAAAACGGUCUGAAAACGUAGUUUUUUUUUUCGAAAAAUCAACAUUUUAAAUCGGGAAUAACUCGAAAAGUAUUGACUUACGUAAAAAACUUUAUGGAACAAAAGGUGCUUAAAAUAAGUCAGUUUAUCCAUUUCCGGCCUUAUUUUAAAGACUCGUUUUUCACCCCCCGAGAAGGGGUAAAUGUUACCCCUCAAGUAAAAGCAACCAAAAAUUCAACUUUGAAGUGGAGGGUAAGUAGAACCUAAAUCCAAAUUUUCAUGCAAUUCGGAGUUGCCCCUGGAAAUUACACUCCAAAACGGUCAUUUAUUGGGCUAAAGAAAGAAUUGUAGACCAGAGCGCAUCUGUAAAAAUAUUAGUACAUUUGGAUGUUGAGAGGUCACUCAUAUUUUUUUGCAGAAAUUGCUUGAAAAUAACUCAUAUAAUAAUAUUUGAGUUAUCCUUCUACUCAAAUAGGUCCGGAACAUUGUUUAAAUAAUCA